CUACAUACUUACAUACUCGUACCAUCGACGGAGCUCUUAUAUAUACCUGGAAUCUUCAAGCGGCCUCAGCUCUCACUACUCACAAGUCCUUUUUUUUGCUCCGCUUAUCUCCUCCGUCGCGCUACGCUUUCGUAAGCUCCCAAGGUCGAUCGAGGUAGCUGAAGCGAUGGCGUCCUUCCGGCGAGAUCUGAUGCUGGCGGCGCUCUGCGUGGUGGCGCUGCUCGCCGUCGGGUCGGAGUCCCACGGGCUGCAGGAGGAGUUCGGCCAAGGGAAGACGGAGGCUACGCCCGAGAUGGCCUCCUUCUUCGGCGCCGACAAGCCCGAGGCCGCCGUGCUCCCGGAGGCCUUGCCCGCCAAGCCGGAGGCCACCUCGGCCAUGCCUACCACCACCAGCACCACGAACACGGCGUCUUCGUCGUCGUCGUCGGCCCCGCCGCGCAGAUCCGUGGCCGUCGCGGCCGGCAUCUCGUGCGGCAUCGCGGCCCUGGCGGUGGUCGGCGUGGCGGUGGCCGUGGCCUUCGUGGUGCGCGCCAGGCGCGGCGAGAGGCGCGAGGCGGAGGUCCACCUCGGCUAAUAGCCACGAGCAUCGAUUAGGAAGGUGUUCGACAGUUAGUCACCAUCGUUUAAUUGCAUGUUUAGUUCAAUUCUUUGCUCUGUUUCUUCCCGUUCUGUGUGUGUUGGAGAUUGUUGGAGAAGUGUACUCGCUGUAACAUAAAUAACGCUUUGGCAUGAAUGUUAUGUUUUGUUAGUCA